GAGAUCCAAAAUCGAAUACAGAUUAUCUUUUUUUAUUUAAGUGAUACACAUGUGCAGCAAUGAAGUCAUCGCUGGGGUUAAAGGUUUGUUCCUUGACGCGUUCGUUCCUGCCAGCAGUACAACCACCUGCAGCUGUUCAGUUCGGGCCACGCAACCUCUCUGGAUUGGCUUCACCCAGGUUCUCACUCCAAACAAAAAGUGUAAUUCGACGUUAUCUGUGCGGGAACGUAUACAGAAAUCCCUGUACUACACGUGUAAGAACGGAGACAAUACAACGAAUGUGGAGUCCUACAGAAAGGAAUACAACGAUGGAAUCUUCAUAAACCUGCAAACGACAUCAUCUAGCCAGGACGUCACUCACUGCAUGGUGUUACGAAUCCUAUUGAGUCCAGGUUUGAUUAUCAGCUCAGCAACCAGUUCAACGACUAGUUCAACCAAAGACUCCACCACUAGCUUCACCAUCAGACAAACCAGCACCUCAACUAUCAGACCCGGUAUCAGCUCAAUCAGCUCCACACGUCCAGAAAGAUCAAGCUCUGGUCUGGUCUCGACAUCAGUGUCAUUGCCAACUGUUUCCACUCAGAAGACAAACUCGCCAUCAUAUUUGCCUGCUGCUGUAGGUGGCGCCGUUGGUGCAGGUCUGGUUGUCGCUGUUGUGGCUGUUGUUUUUAUUUACAUCUAUAUAAGGAAAAAAGGAACCGAAGGCAAAGAAAACACCGAUGGUGGAACACAUGUCAACAGAGUUAGUAACCCUUAUAUCGGUGCUGCCAAUAUUAACCCGUAUAACAAUGUUAAUCGUCAUAAUAAUGUGGACAUUGCUGGCAACACUUACGAACAUUUACAACACAACACUGUACAGUAUAAUACUGAUCACAAUGCUGGCAACACGUACGAAUAUCUACAACACAACACUGUACAGUAUAAUACUGAUCACAAUGAUGGCAACACUUACGAACAUCUACAACACAACACUGUACAGUAUAAUACUGAUGGCAACACUUACGAACAUCUACAACACAACACUGUACAGUAUAAUGCUGAUCACAAUGCUGGCAACACUUACGAACAUCUACAACACAAUACUGUACAUUAUGUUAACACGUCGUCGAGUGUUGAUGAAGACCACGUGUACCUCCACGUCAACGAACCAACAUAACUUGCGUAUGUCAUAAGCAAGGGCUGAGGAUUCACAGACGUCAGUUCAUGAGUGUUACAAUACUGUGAAAAACGACUGAAUCACUCGAUUCAGAUAGACAUUGAAUAAAAGAAAAUAUAUACAUUAGAGGGCUUAUUAAUGUAGAUAAUAUUUGUCUUUAUUCUUGGCAAUGAGUUGCGAAUCAGCUCGGUGAUGGGUGUCCAAUUAUCACAUAUGGACUCACUGGUUGUUUUUCCCCAUCUAAAUAUAUAUAUUAAGUCCAAAAUGUAAAAUAAAUAGUUAUGGUGGGUGUUCUCCUGUCUGUGGUAUAACUUAAAGGUAUAACUUAUAUGGGGUUUUCUUGAUGAUAUUCUGUAGAAUAGUUUAUAUCUGGCGACAGCUUGUCUGUCUGUCUCUCUCACUUUCUUUCUUUCUUUUUUUUUCUCUCUCUCUCUCUCUUUCACUAUAUCUCCCUCUCUACCUGUCCUUUCUGUCCCUCUC